CCCGCCUCUCCGCCUACUCCAGCCUCCGCCGCCUCAGCUUCCCGAGCGAGCCCUGCGGCCGCCGGAGCAGCUCCCGCGGCGGAGCAGGAGCCGGAUGGUCAGAGGAGCCCGGCAGCCCCAGCAGCCGCGGAGUCGCCUGGCCCCAAGACUGACUGGCACAGUGGAGAAACCACCUCGAAAACGGAAAAGCAGUCUGAGGUCUUCUGCCGACAGUAGCCAUUCCAUGACGUGCGGAAAGAGGUUACAUAUGUUUUCUUACAGGACUGAAUUUGCUCUUAAAGAAAUCAUGUCCUCUGGAGGUGCUGAAGAUGACAUCCCACAGGGAGAGAGGAAAACAGUUACAGAUUUUUGUUACCUUCUGGAUAAAUCUAAGCAACUGUUCAACGGGUUAAGAGAUUUGCCACAAUAUGGGCAGAAGCAGUGGCAGUCUUAUUUUGGAAGAACUUUUGAUGUUUACACCAAACUCUGGAAGUUCCAGCAGCAGCACCGACAAGUCUUGGAUAAUCGGUAUGGCUUGAAGCGGUGGCAAAUAGGGGAAAUUGCUUCUAAGAUUGGGCAGCUAUACUACCAUUAUUACCUGCGCACAUCUGAGACCAGCUAUCUGAAUGAAGCUUUCUCCUUCUAUUCUGCAAUCAGACAAAGAUCAUAUUAUUCUCAAGUCAAUAAAGAGGACAGACCUGAGUUGGUAGUUAAGAAGCUACGAUACUAUGCAAGAUUUAUAGUAGUUUGUCUUCUUCUCAACAAAAUGGAUGUUGUAAAGGAUCUGGUGAAGGAACUCUCGGAUGAAAUUGAAGAUUAUACUCACCGCUUUAAUACUGAAGAUCAAGUGGAAUGGAACCUGGUGCUUCAAGAAGUAGCAGCUUUCAUUGAGGCAGACCCUGUGAUGGUAUUAAAUGAUGAUAAUACCAUUGUUAUCACGUCUAAUCGCCUUGCUGAAACAGGAGCCCCAUUGCUGGAACAGGGCAUGAUUGUGGGACAGUUGUCUCUGGCUGAUGCACUCAUUAUUGGUAAUUGUAAUAACCAGGUUAAGUUCAGUGAACUAACUGUUGACAUGUUCCGGAUGUUACAAGCCCUGGAAAGGGAGCCAAUGAAUUUAGCUUCCCAGAUGAAUAAACCAGGAAUGCAGGAAUCAGCUGACAAGCCUACCAGGCGAGAAAACCCCCACAAGUACCUGCUCUACAAACCAACAUUCAGCCAACUAUACACAUUCUUAGCAGCAUCUUUUAAGGAGCUGCCUGCCAAUAGUGUGCUUCUGAUUUACCUGUCAGCCACUGGCGUUUUCCCCACAGGUCGUUCUGAUAGUGAAGGUCCUUAUGAUUUUGGAGGGGUACUUACUAAUAGUAACCGGGAUAUUAUAAAUGGAGAUGCCAUCCACAAACGAAAUCAAUCCCACAAAGAAAUGCACUGCCUUCAUCCUGGAGAUCUCUAUCCUUUCACAAGGAAGCCCCUGUUCAUCAUUGUGGAUUCAUCCAAUAGUGUUGCGUAUAAGAAUUUCACAAACUUAUUUGGACAGCCACUAGUCUGCUUGCUUUCUCCUACAGCAUAUCCAAAAGCUUUACAAGAUCAAUCUCAACGAGGUAGCCUCUUCACUCUCUUUUUGAACAAUCCUCUAAUGGCCUUCCUAUUUGUCUCUGGAUUGUCAAGCAUGCGUAGAGGCCUAUGGGAAAAGUGUCAAGAAUAUCUUCGAAAAAUCAACCGCGAUAUUGCCCAGCUACUGACCCAUUCACGUUCAAUAGAUCAGGCAUUUCUCCAGUUUUUUGGAGAUGAAUUUCUUCGCUUGCUUCUCACAAGAUUUAUCUUUUGUUCAGCCACCAUGAGGAUGCACAAGAUUUUUCGGGAAACACGAAAUUAUCCAGAAUCAUAUCCACAACUCCCAAGGGAUGAAACAGUGGAGAACCCUCACCUCCAGAAGCACAUUUUGGAAUUAGCAUCCAUUCUGGAUGUGCGAAACGUGUUCCUUGAGAAUACCAUAGAUGACUAUUAGAACAAAAAUCCUCUGUUGAAACAAGUUUUCAUUUGCCACAGAU